AUGCUGCAUAGGGCAGCAACAAGUGCAUAUUCAUGGUGGUGGGCAAGCCAUAUCAGAACCAAACAAUCAAAAUGGCUAGAACAAAACCUCCAAGAUAUGGAGGAGAAAGUAAAGUUCAUGUUGAGGAUCAUAGAACAAGAGGGAGACUCAUUUGCAAAAAGGGCAGAAAUGUACUACAAGAAAAGGCCAGAGCUUAUACAUUCAGUAGAAGAGUCAUACAGAGCAUAUAGAGCCUUAGCAGAGAGGUUUGAUCACUUAUCAAAGGAUCUACAAUCUGCAAACAGAACAAUUGCCACUGUGUUCCCAGAACAAGUCCAAUUAUCAAUAGAAAGCGACGAUGAAGACAGUUUUGCAGGCUCCACUGCAGCUUCACCGGAUCAUUUAUCGAAUCGAAGUUCAUCACCUCUGUCUAAAAACUUCCCAAAAGCUCCCAAACUUCCUACUCCAAGAACGCCGAAUGCCAAAGCACAAACUAUGUUGGCCUCAAAAAGAGAGCAACUAAGGAAAAAUCUCAACACUUCUGGCACUGUUUUCACUCCAAAUUCAGGGUUAAACAAAGAUGAAGCAUUGAAAGAAAUUGACACUUGUGAAAAAGAGAUUCUAAGCAUGCAAACAGAGAAAGAGUUUAUGAAGAGUGCAUAUGAGAGUGCAUUGGCAAAGUUUUUAGAGCUUGAAAGUAAGAUCACUGAAUCACAAACCAAAGUUUGUAAUUUGCAAGAUGAGUUUGGGUUUGGUGCGGUCAUUGAAGAUCAUGAGGCACGUACGUUGAUGGCAGGGUCUGCACUAAGGUCAUGUGCCGAGGCCUUAACCAAGUUGCAAGACGAUCAAGCAAGGACGAUGAACGAGGUGAAGGAAGAGUAUGAAAGGAUCAAAGAAGCCCAUGAAAGAAUUGAGACUUUAAUGAAAGAUUGUGGGCAAGAUGAAGAGAACACUACAGAAAGUUCGAUUUUGGGAUCGAACUUUAAAGACACACUUGUUAGCAUUGAGGGAGAGGAGGGAGCUGAAAAUGCGGAUGCAGUAAGGGAAAAAAUAAAGGAGCAGUUGAAAUUGAACUCUAACUUAACUUUAACUGAACCAGAGAUGGCUGAGAAGAUUGAUGAUUUAGUAGACAAAGUGGUAAAUUUGGAGACUACAGUUUGUUCACAAAAUGCCCUUGUGAAGAGGUUAAGACAAGAGAUUGAUGGACUUUUGGAGCAUAUUAAUAGCUUGGAAGAACAAAAGCAGCAACUACAAGAAGAUACUGCUAUGAGAAAUAGGUUGAGAGAAUUAGAAGAAGAACUUAUUAAAGUUAGAAACCUAAACAAAGAAGUUGUAGAUAAAAAGAACAGCAUUGAUGUAGAGAUUACAGGUGCAAGUUGUAACCUUGAUCAUCUUCAAGAGAAACUACAGGAUGUGAAGCCAUAUGAAGGGGUUGAAUACCCAAAGGAAGCGAAAGCUGAGCAAGACUCCACCGAGGCACAGAAAGAGGAGAUGAGAGCAAGUUACUCAGAGAAAGAGAUCGAUGGUAAUGAUUUUGAGCCACAAAUUGAGAUGAAAGAGUUGGAAGAAGAGGAGGAAGAGAAGCAAGAAAUGUCAAGGACAACCGAAAACACCAUGGAAACUGAUGUACACCUAGGUGACGAAGAUGGCAUCAAUUGGAGGCAACUCUACAUGAACAAUAUGGAGGAUCGAGAGAGGAUUUUAGUAGAGGAAUACACUAUGAUCAUUAGGGAUUACAAGGGCAUGAAAAUGAAACUUCGAGAAAUGGAGAAAAAGCAUCGAGACAAUGUAUUUGAAUUAGCAAAUCAUGUGAGGGAAUUGAGAGAUACAAUUUUAGCCAAGGAUGAGGAAAUUCAAAUGCUAAGGAGAAAACUUAAUGCUCUUCAAGGAAAUGGAGAUGAAACUGCGUAUUCAGGAUUCGAAGAAAAAGAUGGCAUGAAACUAGAUGAACAGAUUGACAAGGAGAUCAAUGUUUUGGGCAAUGAUCAGGAUCAGAGGAAGCCACUUUUCCAUCACUUGUAUGAUCGAGACAAUAUAAUUAUACAUACAUUAGAAGGAAAUAAGAAUGAUAAGAUAACUUCCUUUACUAAUGAAGGUAGUGCAAAGAGAGUAAAGAUAAACCUUGUUGCUAAAACUAGGCCAGUUUCGAGAACUGAAGGCAGGUUUCGCGGAGAGCUUGAUAAUUUACUCGAGGCAAAUCUGGACUUUUGGUUAAGAUUUAGCACCGCGUUUCACCAGAUUCAAAAGUUUCAGAGUUCAAUCAAAGACCUGCAAGCUGAGUUAGGAAAGUUAAAGCAAGGCCAGAAGAAAGGAGCAGCAAAUGACAUGCCUCAAAAUCAAGUAAAAUCAGAUGCUAGACCUUUAUAUAAGCAUUUGAGAGAGAUACAGACUGAACUAACCUUAUGGUUAGAGCAUAGUGCAGUAUUUCAAGAAGAACUAAGAAGUAGAUUCUCUUCUUUAAACAAUAUUCAAGAUGAUAUCACAAAAGUAGCAAGCGGCAAAACCAAAGAAGAAGAUGUGUUAAGUGAUUUUCAAUCAGCUAAAUUCCAAGGAGAGAUUCUUAACAUGAAACACGAGAACAGUAAGGUUGCUGAGGAGCUACAAGCUGGUGUUCAUCGUGUCAAAGCACUUAAGUUUGAGAUUGGGAAGGCACUGAUGAAGUUAGACAAAGAAUUCGGGUUCUCAGAAUCAAAGGGUAGUGUAAAGAAUCCAUUGAUGAAGCCAAGAAUUCCACUGCAUACUUUUCUGUUUGGAAUGAAGCUUAGAAAGCAUAAGAAACCAGCAGCUCCAUCAAUGUUUGCUUGUGUUAACUCAACAUUAGCUGAUGAUCCACUUAGUCCGACGUCAAAUACGUCUCAUUAG